CGCGAGUGUGAACGCACAUGCUCCGUGCGCUCAGUGCUGUUUUUUCUGCUGUGUUCCGUUACAAGAAAGCAUCCAGCUUCUGAAUAUCCACUCUUGGGGAGCAGUUUGGAAGACCGUGCAACAGCGAGUUGUGUUCAAUUUAUUCGGUGUGGAGCGGAUAUUCACUGUUUUUCGGUUUUGGUGAUUCCUAGGUGUCCUUACAAAGGACAGUUUGAAAAAAAGGAUGUGUGAAAUAGUGAAUGGAUGUUUGAGCAAAGCUAAGAUGGUCGAUGCUGAUUCGCUGGUAGAAUUUUGUGUGUAAGGAAUGUAACACAAAGGAAGUAGAAGAAAAGGCUCAGCCUGAAGUGAUACAGCCGCGAUUGGUGAAGAUAUUUGUGCAAUUUUGUGCUGAAGGAAGAGGCCAGUAAAUAAAAUAAGCUUCGUAUAAAGGGAUCCACAAUCCGACUGCGAAAUGAAUGGUGUAACGGUAAAGGAUUACAACAAUGAGUGUCAUUCGGGAGUUUAAUUCAGUUGCGCCAAUAAUGAAUGAAUAGUGAUAUCGCCGAACGGGGGGAAGUCAGUGAUUACAGUGCUUUGGCGCACAAAUGGAAGAAUUAUAACUUAAUUAAGAAGAGUUUUGUUUGAAAGUGAGCAGUCCGAAGCGCGAGAAGAUUGAGUGUUAAGCAAAUUUAGAGGAAGAAAUUGAACAGGUGUUCUGGAAAAGGGGGUAUCUACUGCCCGCCAGAAGGGAACGGACCAGCCGGAGAAGAAACUAUUUCUAAAAACGGUUUUUUUCCGCAUUGGAACUAUGCGGUUGAUGGCGACCACCGGCCGGAGGUCGUCCGCCAUAACGACACUCGGACUGAACGGAAUUUGGAUUAAACUACUGGUUGCUGGCCUGUGCUUGUGCUCUCUUUUUGAUUUCGCUUCCGGUUUUCUGUCGUGUUCACCUUCGCCAUGCAAACAUGGCGGAACGUGCGUGAGCAAACCGAUCGGAGGAUCCUACUGCAAUUGUACGUCGCGCUAUACCGGAGAGUUUUGUGAAUUCCCAAAUCCCUGCCACAUCAGUGCGGGCCCUCGGUGCCAGAAUGGUGGCACUUGUGAGGUGACGUACGGUAACGGUGCUCCCUCGUUUUCGUGUCGUUGUCCGAUCGGCUUCACCGAAAGUUUGUGCGAGAUUCCGGUGAAAAACGCGUGCGAUUCGUCCCCGUGCAACAAUGGAGGUUCCUGCAAGCUCAAAACCCUGAACGAGUACAGCUGCGUUUGUGCAACGGGUUAUUCGGGAACCUUUUGUGACAAACAAAACCUGUGCGCUUCGUCACCGUGUCGUAAUGGUGGCACCUGCACUCUAACCCCGGGCGGCCACUUCAAGUGCAUCUGCCCGAAGGGGUUCAAGGGUUCGACCUGCUCGGAGGACAUCGAGGAGUGCAUCAAGAGUCCCUGCGUGAACGGUGGCAAGUGCGUCAACACCCAUGGAUCCUACCAAUGCAUGUGUGAACCCGGAUACACCGGAAAAAACUGCGAAUCUCAUUACAUUCCCUGCUCGCCAUCACCCUGCCAAAACGGAGGCACUUGCAAGCAAUCGACCAAGUUCAACUACGAAUGUAAAUGCCCGCCAGGCUUCCAAGGCAAAAAUUGCGAGGAAAACAUCGACGACUGCCCGGGUAAUAUGUGUCAAAACGGUGGCACCUGCAUGGACGGGGUCAACGCGUAUCACUGCAAGUGUCCGCCGAGCUUUACCGGUGAAUAUUGCGAAACGGACGUGGACGAGUGCGUUCAGCAGCCGACGAUCUGCAAAAACGGUGCCACAUGUACUAACACCCACGGAGGCUACAAUUGCAUUUGCGUCAACGGCUGGAACGGUCCCGAUUGCAGUAACAAUAUUGACGAUUGCGUGGAUGCCGCUUGCUUCAAUGGGGCAACCUGUAUCGACGGAGUUGGGAGCUUUUACUGCCGGUGUACACCCGGAAAGACUGGAUUGCUGUGCCAUUUGGACGAUGCUUGUACUUCGAAUCCUUGCCAUGCGGACGCAAUCUGCGAUACGAGCCCGAUCAAUGGAUCGUUUACUUGCUCGUGUGCGAUGGGUUACAAAGGCAUCGACUGCUCGGAGGAUAUCGACGAGUGCGAUCAAGGUUCUCCAUGCGAACACAACGGCAUUUGUGUCAACACGCCCGGCUCGUUUGCAUGCAACUGUACCCAGGGGUUCACCGGACCGCGCUGCGAGACCAACGUAAACGAGUGCGAAUCGCACCCGUGCCAGAACGAGGGCAGCUGCCUGGACGAUCCGGGAACUUUUCGCUGCGUUUGCAUGCCCGGUUUCACCGGAACGCAGUGCGAAAUCGACAUCGACGAAUGCGCCACCAGCCCGUGCCUAAACGGAGGCAUCUGCCGGGACUUAAUCAACUCCUUCAAAUGCACCUGUGCGAUCGGCUUCACCGGAUUACGCUGCCAAAUCAACAUCGACGAUUGCAUGUCACAGCCCUGUCGUAACGGGGGCAUCUGCCACGAUCUGAUAGCGGGCUACACGUGCGAGUGUCCGCCCGGCUACACCGGGAUGUCCUGCGAGACGAACAUCAACGAUUGCCAGUCGAAUCCGUGCCACCGGGGGAUCUGCAUCGACGGGGACAAUUCGUUCAGCUGCCAGUGCAGUCCGGGCUACACCGGAUAUUUGUGUCAGAUACAAAUCAACGAGUGUGAGUCGAAUCCGUGCCAGUUCGGGGGACACUGUGAGGAUCUGGUUGGAGGCUACAUCUGUCGGUGUCAACCGGGAACUUCGGGACCUAACUGUGAGGUUAACGUCAAUGAAUGCCACAGCAAUCCUUGUCGACAUGGAGCUAAAUGUAUCGACGGAAUUAAUCGUUACACGUGUCAAUGUUUGCCCGGUUUUACGGGUAUGCACUGUGAGACCAACAUCAACGAGUGUGCUUCGGAUCCUUGUGCCAACGGAGGAGUUUGUAUGGAUUUGGUUAAUGGAUUCCGGUGUGAAUGUCCGCGGGGAUAUUUCGACGCGAGAUGUUUGAGUGAUGUGGACGAGUGCGCUUCGAAUCCAUGCACCAAUGGAGGCCGCUGUGAGGAUGGUGUGAAUCAGUUCAUUUGCCACUGUCCUCCGGGUUAUGGUGGGAGAAGAUGCGAGACGGAUAUUGAUGAAUGUGGCUCGAAUCCGUGCCAGCACGGUGGUAUCUGUCGAGAUGGACUGAACUCGUACACCUGCCAGUGUAUGCCGGGUUACUCGGGAAAGAACUGUGAGAUCAACAUUGAUGAUUGUGUUAAUAAUCCCUGCCGGAAUGGAGGUUCCUGCAUAGAUUUGGUUAAUGGUUACAAAUGUGUCUGUCGGGUGCCAUUCACCGGGCGUGACUGCGAGUCGAAAAUGGACCCUUGCUUGCCGAAUCGAUGCCGUAAUGGAGCGAAGUGCUCGCCUAGUCCAAAUUAUUUGGACUUCUCCUGCAGUUGUACUCUCGGCUAUACUGGAAGACUAUGCGACGAAGACAUCAACGAGUGUGCCCUGUCCUCGCCAUGCAGGAAUGGUGCGACGUGUCGCAACACAAAUGGAUCAUAUCAGUGUCUUUGUGCUAGAGGCUACGAAGGCCGCGAUUGUACGGUAAACACGGACGAUUGUGCUUCGUUCCCCUGUCAGAAUGGAGGAACAUGUUUGGACGGAAUCGGUGACUACACUUGUCUGUGUGUGGAUGGAUUCGAGGGCAAACACUGUGAGGUCGAUAUAAACGAGUGCCUUUCGAUGCCAUGUCAGAAUGGAGCAACCUGUACGCAGUACGUGAACUCCUAUACCUGCACCUGCCCGCUGGGUUUCAGCGGAAUGAAUUGCCAAACCAACGACGAAGAUUGCACUGAGAGUUCCUGCAUGAACGGCGGCACUUGUAUGGAUGGAAUAAACAGCUACAAUUGCUCCUGCCAGGCAGGUUUCACCGGUUCCAACUGUCAGUAUAAAAUCAACAAAUGUGACUCACAACCGUGUCGCAAUGGAGCCACUUGUUAUGACUAUGACAACGAUUACACUUGUCAUUGUUCGUACGGUUACACAGGAAAGCAGUGCAUGGAUUAUGUGGACUGGUGUUCGCAGUCUCCGUGUGAAAAUGGAGCCACUUGUGUCCAGCGGGAGAACGUCUUCCAGUGCAUAUGUGCUCCCGGUUGGACCGGAAAGUUGUGUGACGUCCAGAUGGUGUCCUGUAAGGAUGCCGCCAUCCGAAAGAAGGUUGACUCCAAAUUGCUGUGUCAUAAUGGAACGUGUGAAGAUUUUGGCAAUUCGCACCGCUGUCAUUGUCAACAAGGUUACACUGGAUCGUACUGCCAGAAAGAAAUUAACGAGUGCGAGAGUCAACCGUGUCGGAAUGGAGGCCAUUGUAAGGAUUUGAUUGGUUCGUACAAGUGCGUCUGCAAGCAGGGCUUCCAGGGGCAGAACUGUGAGCUGAACAUCGAUGAAUGCAAACCGAAUCCUUGCCGGAAUGGAGGUAUUUGUCAUGAUUUGAUUAACGACUACAAGUGCUCGUGUCCGCCGGGUACGCUGGGGGUGCUUUGUGAAAUCAACACCGAUGAUUGUGUGCCAGGAGCUUGCCAUAAUAACGGUAGCUGCAUCGAUAAGGUGGGUGGAUUCGAGUGUCGCUGUCCGCCAGGUUUCGUAGGAUCCCGAUGCGAAGGUGACAUCAACGAGUGCUUGUCGAAUCCCUGCUCGAACCCAGGUACGUUGGAUUGCGUCCAGCUGGUUAAUGACUAUCACUGUAACUGUAAGCCGGGUCAUAUGGGUCGGCACUGUGAAAUUAAGGUUGAUUUUUGUGCUAAUUCACCGUGUUUGAAUGGUGGCUUGUGUUCGACUCGACAAACUGGACAUCAUUGCGUUUGUGCUGAUGGGUACUACGGGAAGAAUUGUGAGUUUUCCGGUCAUGAUUGUGACUCGAAUCCGUGCAUUAAUGGCCUGUGUCAGAUUGCGGAUGAUGGAGGCUACCGGUGUGAGUGUCCACUGGGAACAAGUGGAAUUAACUGCGAGGUUGAUAUUUUGGAUGAGUGUAUUUCGAGUCCCUGCGAGCGUGGAGCUGCCUGCCAGAAUAAGUUGGGAGAUUUCGAGUGCUUCUGUCCGCCGAAAUGGGCUGGUAAAACUUGCGGCGUUUACGAUGCUACCUACAAGGGUUGGUAUGAUAGUGCGAGCAAGAAGAAGGGAAUAUUGAAUACUUACGCGAUCGAUUUGGAGUACCAGAGGGCUCAAUGCGUUAAGAAGGGAUGCCGUGAGAAGCAGGGUAAUCACCGGUGCGACGAGGAAUGUAACACCUAUGCGUGCGAUUUCGAUGGAAACGAUUGUUCGCUGGGUAUCAACCCGUGGUUGAAUUGUACCGCUAGUAUCAACUGCUGGGAGGUGUUUAUGGAUGGUUUCUGCAACGAGGAGUGCAACAACGCCCAGUGUUUGUUCGAUGGACGGGAUUGCGAGAAGAAACUGCAGCCGUGCAAUCCGGUUUACGAUGCCUACUGUCAGAAGCAUUACGCCAAUGGGUUCUGUGACUAUGGUUGUAAUAAUGCGGAGUGUAACUGGGAUGGGUUGGAUUGCGAGAACGAGAAAGAACCGGCUCAGCUGGCGGAAGGUGCCAUUUCGAUUAUCCUGUUGAUGGACUUGGAUACGUUUAGGAAUAAUUCGGUGCAAUUUUUGCGUGACCUCGGACAUCAACUUCGGACGACUGUGCGGAUUAAGAAAAACAACGCCGGUGCGGAAAUGAUUUACCCGUGGAAGGGAGGCACCGCACUGCGGGGACUGGCAGAAAGUGAGUUUGGACGGAAGCAUCACGUUGUUUAUACUGAGGCCCGUCAAACUGGUAUUCAGGUGUUCCUGGAGCUGGACAACCGCAAAUGUAUUGGAAUGACUGGUGCGGAGUGCUUUGGAACAGCGAAUGAAGCUGCAGAGUUUCUGGCAGCAACCGCGUCUAAGCAUUCGCUCUCGAAGCAAUUCCCUAUCUACCAGGUGAAGGGCGUUAAUCCCGAUGACGACAGCAUACCAGAGCCGACCAACACCAUCUACGUUCUGGUGGGCUUCUUUAUCGGGCUGCUUUUGUUUGUGAUGUGCGGAGUUUUAAUUGCGAAUCGAAAACGAGCGCAUGGUAUCACUUGGUUCCCGGAAGGAUUCCUCACGGCGAGUACGAAUGUGAGAAGACCAUCCCGCAGGCGGCCUGAUGGGCAGGAGAUGCGCAAUCUGAACAAGAACCCCUCGAUGGUGGACAUGUCCAACGGCCAUAUGGGUCAUUCGCAGCAAUGGUGCAACAGCGAUGAUGAAUCUGAAAUGCCACAACCGAAGCGUAUGCGUGCCAUAGAUCAGGGCUACUCGAGCGAUCACACCGCGAUUACGGAUUACGAGGAAACGGAGCCGCAGAGAGUUUGGUCUCAGCUACAUUUCGAAGCUGCUGAUAUUCGUGAUCAUCCUACGAUGAUGACUCCUCCAACGCAUCAUGAUGGUGGCCACACAGAAGUUGACGUACGUGGACCUUGCGGUAUGACUCCGUUGAUGGUAGCGGCAGUUCACCGUGGAAAUCAGGAUACUGGCAUUCAUCGGGGCGAUCUUGAUUCCGGUAUACACCGAGGAGACCUCGAUGCCGCCAUUCACCGUGGUCCGGAUUCGGGAGAGGACAUCGAUUCUAAUGACGAUACUACGGCUCAGUUUAUUUCGAAAUUGGUGGCACAAGGUGCCGAAUUAAACGCCACAAUGGAUAAGACUGGUGAGACGUCGCUGCAUUUAGCAGCACGACAUGCUCGCGCGGACGCUGCCAAACGACUUCUCGAUGCGGGAGCUGAUGCCAAUAGUCAGGAUUACACUGGACGAACUCCGUUGCAUGCCGCCGUCGCAGCGGAUGCUGUUGGUGUUUUCCAGAUUCUUCUGCGGAAUCGUGCCACUAACUUGAACGCACGAAUGCACGACGGAACGACACCACUGAUACUGGCCGCUCGUCUCGCCACCGAAGGUAUGGUUGAGGAACUGAUAACUGCCGAUGCCGAUAUUAAUGCAGCCGAUAACAACGGUAAAACUGCCCUCCACUGGGCUGCUGCCGUCGACAACGCCGAUGGCGUCAACGUUCUCCUAGCGCAUGGCGCCAACCGAGAUGCCCAGGAUGACAAAGACGAAACCCCACUAUUCCUAGCCGCUCGCGAGGGUGCCUUCGAGGCAUGCAAAGCACUGCUGGACAACUUUGCGAAUCGUGACAUCACCGAUCACAUGGAUCGGCUACCGCGUGAUGUGGCCAGCGAACGGCAACAUCAGGACAUCGUACGGCUACUGGACGAGCACGUGCCACGCAGCCCACAGAUGGUGACCACCAUCCCGAACACGAUCAUGUCCCCGACGACGCACAUGAUCACCCAUCCGACCAUCAUCGCCUCGACUAAGCAGAACAAGCAGAAAAAGCGAGCGAAAAUGAACGGUGCUUCCGGUGGUGGGCUGCCGACGGUUCAGAAUCCCAACAGUCCGGACAACGACGGAAGCAUCAGACGGAAAACGAAAAAAACCAACGGUGCAACCGUCGGUUCCAAGAAGGGUAACAUCGUUGACGUUCAAAUUCCGGACGAUCAGCUGAGUUCGGUGGAAUCCCCGCUGGCCAACAUACCCAGUCCGUACGAUACCGUCAGUUUGUACUCGAACGCCAUGACAGUGCACCAGAUGGAUCCGAUGACCGGCAACAAGAAACCACCGAGCUACGAGGAUUGCAUCAAGAGUGCACAAUCGCUGCAAUCACUGCACAACAUUAACCUGGACAAUUACGGCUACUCGAUGGGCGGCGCAGCCGGAAAUACACCUUUCCAGGAUCUGCUCAUGAAUCAGCGAGGCAACAAUGCCGCUGCCGCCACGAUGAUCCACGCUAUGCACAUGGGUGAGAGUGGACUUAGCCCGCCGUAUUCCAAUCAAUCGCCACCCCACUCGGUGCAGAGCAAUUUGGCUCUAUCCCCACAAGGGUAUAUAGGUUCUCCAUCGCCUGCCAAGACCCGUCCCAGCCUGCCGACGUCUCCGACGCACAUCCAGGCGCUGAGACACGCCCAGCAGCAGAAGCACGGUGUGCAAAUGAUCUCCAAUGGAAGCAUGCAGCAGCAGCAGCAAAAUAGCAGUAGUAUAGGCUGCGGUCAACAGCAACAGCAGCAGCAACAGCAGGGCAGUAGUAGUAACAGUAGCAAUAACAAUGCAAACAGUGCAAUGUUGGCCAGCCUGCAGAUGAACUUCGUUCACGGCUCCACUGGACUGGAGCUGGCCGGUUUCUGCAGUCCCACAGGCCAAGGAUCUCAGGCUUCGACAUCGCAGAACACGACCGCCACCACCGUGUCGUCGCCAUGCAAUUCGACAAUGUCCUCGUCCCAUCUGUCCCCGCUGUCGUCGGCGUCCGCGCACUGCCAGCAGUCGACGCUGAACAGCCAGCAGUCCUCGUUCUAUCAGUAUCUGACCCCGCCGAGUCAGCACAGCGGAGGUGUGACGCCUCAGCAUCUGGUGCAGACGCUGGACAGCUAUCCGACGCCGUCGCCGGAAUCGCCCGGCCACUGGUCAAGUUCCUCGCCUCAUUCGACCUCGGACUGGUCCGAGGGAGUACAGUCGCCAGCGGCGGCCAACAUGAAUGUGUACGUGACGAGUGCCGCCGCCGGCGGAGGUCACCAGCCCAACAAGGGCUCGGAGGCGAUCUAUAUCUAGACGACGUAAUCGGUUUCAAACACAACACAAGUGCCUCUCGUCACAUUGGCGCAAGUACUGUCAAAAUGUACGCAUGUAUUUGUACGUGUAUAGAUAGAGUCUUUUCCCCUCCACUCCGCGCGAACCGUGCUCACACGUGCGUGCUAUCCAGGAGUCUCGAUCGAGUAUUCGAACAGAUCGAAAUGCGCGCGGAGCGUGAUAGUGAUAAUUUAUUUUAUAAAUUAACUAAUUUUAAACUAUUUUUGUUGUAACGCUGAAAGUAAUGUUUUUCAACUAGAGUGUGAGAGCGUGAGUGAGUGCGUGAAAGAAACAUGCGAUUGAGAUUAUUUUCACUUUGAGAGGAAACUACUGCAUUCCUCAAUAUCGAAACUGGAAAUUCCUUGCUUACAAUAAAAAAAACUUCAUUAUAGAAACAGAGUUUUAACGUAAAAAGACACGAAGAUUUUUAGACAAAAAGACAAACUGUACAAUAUUUACUUAUAAAGUUUAUUUUAGCGAAAAAAUGCUCGUUGAGAGCAUUUUUUUAUUAAUCAAAUCAAUUUUUUAGUCGAAUCGAAAGAGAACAAUCACCGCAUGUCUGUGAACAUUUAUAAUCUACUUUUUACAUAAUAAAAAAGACAUAAUAGGUGAAAAAUAAUGAUGCCGUCACAGUGAUCGACGUUAGGAACUUUACACAUACCUAGGUUAGUGCUCCCUGUAUAAAGUUUACGGACGAGAAACUCAAAAAACAUGGUCUGAUUAUAGGUUAGCAUACUAUUCUCAAACGUGCUACUGUUUAGCAGAUAUGUUAGACACACAAACACAGAAGACAGUGGUCUAAGACUAGAAACGCACCCAGAGGUCAGCGUCGACCGCGUGCUACAAGUUUUCCGAACUAUGUAAAUGUUGUACAUAGCCAAAGUAUAAAGAAAAAGAGAAAAAAGUUUUAUUGAAAUUAUUGUAAUAUUUUAUUGAGAAUUUUUUAGCCUUAAGAUAAGACAUAAACAGCCGUGAUAAAAGCGGAUUCGGUUUUACAACUAGAUGCUAGUGUAGAAAAUAAAGUUCUCUCUUUUUUACUCCAAAAACAAACAAAAAACGGACAAACAACAAAUUCUCUCUCUAAUGGAAACGCAAAUACAAAUACUAGUACGAAGCUUGUUAAUGUUUUAAGAACGCCAAGCCCACGCGGAAUCUCAGUAAGAAUAGACACCAGUGACCGAAUCAAAGUACGAUUUGCAAUACUAUACAAAUUACAACACGCGCUGGUCUUCACUCUCAAUCUCUCUAAUAGCCUUUUUUCGGCGAGUUUCCACUCUCAAACGAUUUUUUAUGCUAUCUUUACUGUUUGUUGUAUUUUUACUGAAUAUGUUUUUUUUUUAAUUUGCUGUUGUAAUCUAUUGUCCUGCGCAAGUUCAUAAAGUAAAAGAGAAGCAUUAGAUAAAGGCAUAGACGAAAAGAGGGAAAUACACAAGCGAAUAUACUACAUACAGGCGAAAAAAUGUUCUACGAUUUUAAUUGAAACGAAAAAGAGAUGAAAACAAUAAAAAUGUAUAAAAUUAUUCGA